GACAUGGAUUCCAUAGCAGUGGCUGAGCGAAAGGUGUCUGGUGAGAGAGGGGCGGCUGCUGGCUCGGGGCGUGAGGACAUGGAUUCCAUAGCAGUGGCUGAGCGAAAGGUGUCUGGUGAGAGAGGGGCGGCUGCUGGCUCGGGGCGUGAGGACAUGGAUUCCAUAGCAGUGGCUGAGCGAAAGGUGUCUGGUGAGAGAGGGGCGGCUGCUGGCUCGGGGCGUGAGGACAUGGAUUCCAUAGCAGUGGCUGAGCUUGAGGAUCUGCGAAAUCGAGAUGAUUUUGAUGAAGCUGCAUAUGAGUCGUUGCCGUCAGAAGUCAGUAAGUUGGUUGAGAAAGGGACGCCAAUGCCAUCACCAUGUGGGCAGGAUGCGGAGGGCCAUAGGGAGGGGCAAUCUGGAGAUGGCGGGGCAGUAUCUGGCGAAGGCAGAAGCCCGGGAAAGAGACCCUGA